AUACACCAUGUGCAAACUUUGUUAGGAUUACCGAUCUGGCAACUUAAUUGCUAUCAGACGACUGCCAAAUCAAAAUUCUGACAAUCAAAAGGGAAAGACAAGUUAAAACACAGAUAUUGUAAACUGUAAACGAACUGGUAAACUAAUUUAUGCCAUCGUGUUGUGUGGACCUUGAAAAGGGACAUUAAAGCAAUGGCCAAUAUUCUUUCUUUUUCCGAUGAAGUUCUGUGCUGUGUAUUCACAUCAAUUACGACAUACGAGACUUGCAUAACAUAAUGCUAACAUGCCAUCGAUUCCACAGAAUUAUUAAAUACUGUAACAAUUUAUGGAAGUUGGAAGUAAAAGUAAAGGAUAUGCUAUUAAGCCUAUCAUCUAAGUGUUUCCCAGUAGGUGAGCCAUCAAUCACAGACGCACAAAAUUUCAAUUGUGAUAAAUAUCCAUCACUAAAAGGAAUUGAAAAUGUGUUACAAAAUCAUGUAUUCAGUGAUAGAUUGAAUGAAAAUAUGACCUCCCGAUUCUAUGCCCGUAAAGUACUGAAAUCUUUAAGGUACCAGAAGAUAGAAAAGAAGCUGGGAGAGCUGAUGGGCUUACCUGAAUCCAAGACAUCCCUCUUGGAGGGUGCUGUUCUAAUUUGUCAAUGGGCACAAGCAGAAGAAGCAAACCCAAUUAGUUUAUCCAAUGUUAAACAAAGACUAAGUGAAAUCAGCAAUCAGGUCAAAGAACUUCUUGUGGACAGGCAUAACAUUGCAGACCCACUAAAUAUCACUACAGGCACAGCUGAAAAAGUCCUUCACUGCAUAAAUGAAGUCUUAUAUGAGGAAAUGAGAUUUAAAGUAAUGCAGUCAAAUCACACAUUAGAGAAUGUGUUCAUUGACAAGGUUCUUGAAUCAAAAGCAGGUUUUCCUAUGACACUUUGCAUAAUUUAUCGAGAGGUGGCUUUAAGGAUGGGAAUUGAUUGCGAGCCUGUUAUAGCUGUUACCACAAGGCCCGAUUUUCAUUCACAUAGAUUUCUUCUCAGGUGGCGUGAAAACUCAAAUUUAAAUCAAGGAACUGAUGAAAAUAAUUGUUUGAUUGAUGCCCCGAAUGGUGGGGUGAUGCGACAUCAUAACCCGGCAACGUACCCAUUGAUUUCAGCUGAGAAUUUUUUGCUGCGUAUGGUGGAAUACAUGCGUUUCAUCAGAAUGCACAGUAUAAGAGCUAGUAGGAGAGAAGACUUCAGAACGUUAUCUCGUCUUAGGAGACAGAACGAACUGAGCUUUUCUCGAUUAGCAUACGCCGUCUCUUCCAAACAAAUCCAGAAGGCCGCUUUCUACGCCCACCUGUGCAUAGAUCUGGACAUGCCACUGGACGACGCCAUUCAAAUUCUUCAGAGGAUUGACAACGUUCGCUGCAAUCGUCUAAUGGAAAAUUGUGUCAUCAAAGCGAAAGAACAGGCUAUCGUGAGGAAGAGAAAUGUCCAGUUUCGAUUGCCUUGCAUUAAAUAUGCUGUGGGCCUUGUUAUGGCAUACAAAAGCAGCACUAACACAUCUCCUGUAUUUUGCGUCAUCAUCUGGUGGACAAAUAAUGGUAAAAAUAGAACACGCUAUAACGUUCUCUUCGACGGCGGUGAUUCUUCCCUUGUUCCUGAAGAAACAUUAAAUCUCCUGACCACCGGAUCAAACAUCGUUGACCACCCGAAUAUUGGGAUAUAUUUUAAGCGGUAUGACGGUCGUCGCUACAUCCCCAAUAUUGAAUUGAUGACACUGUACCCAGAGGAUGAAGCGUUUGCGUUAUCGUUAAUGACAUAACAUCUCGAAUCAGCUCUCAAAAAUCGCAUUAAUUGAUUCAUUCUUCCCUACCUAUGCUUCAAAUAGUCUAUGAGUUGGAUGACUGCCUAAAAACGCCAUUAAAUGUUGUUGGCAGCCACAAGUAAAUUCCAACUUCCACUUUUUAAUUAAAAGAAAUUCUGCAGUUUUUCGUCAAAAAAAAUCUGACUAAACAGUGACAUGGCAAUUCUU